UUUCCUUGGUGACCUCAGCUCUCAACGAUCAAAUCACCACUAACAUCUCCAUGUGAACGCAUAUCAAGAGCACUUACUCCCCGAUUUCCCAAGUCCUCUUGCUCGACCCGCCUUCAUGAGUGAAGACCCCAGUAUUGAGUGGCGCAUCCUCACAGAAUUGGCAGCAUGGAACAGAAGCAACCCUGCUCCAACUCAACCACCUAAUGAAAUGGCUGACCACCCUUAUCACCGCUCUGCUGAAGCGGCGCUCUCAAGACUGGCCAACUUCAGGACACAGAAUCCUCUUCGUUUCAUGACCGCUCCAGCAGCCCCCUCGCUAUCCCCUGGCUUACCUUCUCCGUUGGUGUCGCUAAUCACAUCUAUACCGCAGCAGUCGCGGUCAACACCAAAUAUGUCCCAGUUCCACCCUUCGCGCAUGAAUAUCCCGCCAACAGCGUAUGCGCCCGCAUACGCCUCCGCCCAUCAGACAUCACACGCGAACCACAUGCCGCCCCCUGCUACACAGUCGCCCUCUCUGCGACCAUCAGAGCCGCAAGCGUACGGACCACUGGUCCAUCCCGAACCGCUCGCGUGUUUGACUUACAACAUGGUCUACGAUAGAGUUUAUCUGGUUCUCCGGGAUAACCUAAGCGAGUGGUGGACAAAGAAUCCAGAUGCGCUACAGAAUGUAUCCCGUAAGCCAUCUCCUCCGCCCUCCAUGUCCCUUCUCUUUCACUAACGCGAUCGAAAAACAGAACGUCUGGCUGGUCAAAUCAGAUUUAGCGGUCAAAGGGGUAUGUUCG